AGAGCGGCCGGGGCGUCGCCCCAUAGCUGCGCGCUAAGAGGGGCGCCGGAGACGCGGAAGCGGCCGUGCGGGGUCCGGGAUGGGGUCUCCGGCGGCGCUGCUGCUGCUCCUGCUGCUGCUCCGGGCGGCCUCGUCGCGGGUCCGCUACACGCCGGACUGGCCGAGCCUGGACUCGCGGCCGCUGCCGGCCUGGUUCGACGAGGCCAAGUUCGGGGUGUUCGUGCACUGGGGCGUGUACUCGGUGCCCGCCUGGGGCAGCGAGUGGUUCUGGUGGCACCUGGACGGCGAGAAGCUGCCGCAGUACCUGCGCUUCAUGAGCGACAACUACCCGCCCGGCUUCCAGUACGCCGACUUCGGGCCGCAGUUCACGGCGCGCUUCUUCAACCCGGACGAGUGGGCCAAACUCUUCGAGGCUGCGGGGGCCAAGUAUGUGGUGCUGACGACAAAGCAUCACGAAGGCUUCACAAACUGGCCAAGUCCUAUGUCUUGGAACUGGAACUCUAAGAGCCUGGGCCCACAUCGUGAUGUGGUUGGUGAGUUGGGAACAGCCAUCCGGAAGAGGAACAUACGAUAUGGACUGUACUACUCACUCAUGGAGUGGUUCCAUCCAUUCUACCAACAGGAUAAGAAAAAUGGCUUCAAAACACAGUAUUUUGUCAACACAAAGACACUGCCAGAACUGUACGACCUUGUUAACAACUACAAGCCUGACCUGAUCUGGUCUGACGGGGAGUGGGAGUGUCCUUACACCUACUGGAACUCCACGGAGUUUCUCGCUUGGCUCUACAACGACAGCCCUGUCAAGGAUGAGGUGGUGGUGAAUGACCGAUGGGGUCAGAACUGCUCCUGUCGCCACGGAGGGUACUACAACUGUCAAGAUAAGUACAAGCCGCAGGUCUUGCCGGAUCACAAGUGGGAGAUGUGCACCAGCAUCGACAAGGCGUCCUGGGGCUAUCGUCGCAACAUGGUGUUGUCGGACAUCACCAGCGAGUCCGAAAUCAUCUCUGAACUGGUGCAGACGGUGAGUCUGGGAGGCAACUACCUUCUCAACGUGGGCCCCACCAAGGACGGGCUGAUAGUGCCCAUCUUCCAAGAGAGACUCCUGGCCGUGGGGAAGUGGCUGAGCGUCAACGGGGAGGCCAUCUACGGCUCGAAGCCGUGGCGCGUGCAGCUCGAGAAGAACGUGUCGGCGUCCGUGUGGUACACCUCGAAAGGACCAGCCGUGUAUGCCAUUUUCCUGCACUGGCCGGAAGAUGGAGUCCUACGCCUGGAGUCCCCUGUGCCUACCUCAUUUACAAAGAUGAAGAUGCUUGGGGUCCAAGCGGAGCUGAAGUGGACUGUGAGCCCCGGGAAGGGACUCCUGAUUUCCCUGCCCGCACUGCCACUCCCUGCUCUUCCGGUGGAGUUUGCCUGGACAGUGAAGCUGAAAGGAGUGCUGUGAGCGUGCUGGCCGGGGCAAGGGGGCCCUGCGGUGCUGCCCUGGUUCCUUCCCUCUCGGGACCGCACCGCAAUAAACGCUUCUCCCUGCCCAGACGUGGCUUUGCCAACACACAUUCAUCAGAUGAACUGAGUGCGUGACAGAUUUCUUAAUGAUCCAAGAUCCUAGUGCGAUCCAUGGCCUUAUCCCUCUGAGCGGCCAAAGAAGGCACCGAACAGUUAACCCCUCCGCUCCCAUGCUUGGGCAUCACCUACAGUGGAAACCUCGCUCUGUGUGGGAUACCCGGCCUCCUUCCUCCGGGACUUCAGAUCAAGAAGCAGCCAAGUCCACCUGCUGCUGCUCGAAGGAGGGGGAAAGGGUUUGGCAAACUCAGCCACCGCCAAACUCCUCCCGCAAGGGGCAGGACGGGGUCCGCAGGCUGCUGCUGUCUUCCGGAGCACCCAGGGCCCCGAACCUCGGCAUGUGAACCUCGGUGUGCGAACCUCGGUGUGCAUACGGCUACACUGUCACAGUGACCGCUGCCAUUCUGCCUUGCCUUGAAAUCAAGUAAAUAAACGUGUGUGUCAGAUCACCCGG